AUGGCGAGUGAUUCACCAGGCCGUGAUAACCUGGAAGACUCACUCUCAAUUGCCUUAGAGAUACGUUGUCUUCGGAACGAAGUUAAUGCGUUAAGGACUGAGGUCCGUGAGUUCCGCGAGGAGUUGAUGGGCAGAGUCGACGCACUGGAAGUCCGAGUUACUACGGUGGAGGAAAAAAUCGAGCAAACGGUCUCUCCUCGUCUUGCAGAGUUAGAAACGACUGUUGGUGAACUUAAGCUGCAGCUCAAUGAGCGUGAGCAGGAGUCGCUACUCAAUGACGUGCAAGUUUCCGGUGUGCCGGAGACUAAGGGGGAGAACACAACCCAGCUACUGAACGUCCUGGCCAUUAAAUUAGGCGUGUCGCUUGAUGAGCGUGACGUGGUAUUUGUAAGGCGCGUGGGUAAUGUGCUGCGAGACCGCGUCGAGGGAGAGGAUGCUUCUCGCCAUCGCAUUAUUGUUGCCAGGUUGGCAAGGCGCACUACUCGUGACAGUAUCCUGAACGCCGCGCGUGUUCGUCGGAAUCUAUGCACUGCUGACAUUGAGUUGCCCGGGGCAUCACAACGGAUCUAUGUGAACGAGCGCCUGACAAAAUCUAACAGGCAAUUGUUCUACAUGACACGUCAGGCUGCGACUCGUUGCGGAUGGAAAUAUUCGUGGACAAGAGAUGGGCGUAUACUUGCUCGCAAGGAAGAGGGCAAAUCGGUGGUGCAAGUUAGAAUGCAAUCCGACAUUGAACGUUUUUUCCCCGUCAAAUAA